AUGAAAUCCACAUACACUCUUUUGCCCAGUUUGGGCUCUUUGCUUUCACUCGUUACUGGCCCAGCCCUUGCCCUGGAACUUAAGCCAAUCUCGGCGCCUCAAGCUGGUCUUGAUGCAAGGUCAGUUGACUAUUCUUCUCUGAACCUGCAGAGUGCAGAGACGUUUCUUUGGGGCGGAUCCAAUGACAACCGUGCAGCCAUAGCAAACUUUACAGUCUUGAUGCCUGGACAAAAAGAAAACAUUAUCAACAUCGAGCGUUUCAAGGGUCUGGUUACCUCGAUGGAGUGCUCUGAAAACAGCACUGCUUUGAAGCUGAAAGACAAUGAAGCUUUCACUCGCUUGAUGAGUGCCUGGGACUGGACAAAUGAGGAUCCUGACCAUACCUUCGUUAUGGUUGCUGGCAGCGGUGACUGUAUCUCGCAGGAUAGCCGUCAGCCAUUUGUUACCACGGCUGUUUCCUUUGACAAGACUACCAACACCGCUACAUUGACCGGCCACAAGUCCGACUGGAAAUCGGUUGCUCACAGCUACCACCUCCACAUUGGUGGUCUGCCAAAGAGCGACUUGGCCAAGCGCGAUUACACCGGCAACUACGCUCUGAACUUCACUCACGAUAUCAACAUGGGCAGUUGGACUAUCCCCGUUGACGAUGGCCUGCAGGUCACCUUCAACUGCGCGUCAUGCAAAACCACCGGAGAGUUUGACUUCACCUUCGAUAUUUCAACCACUUUUGGUAUCCCGGACGGUGCCAGUGUGACUCUCAACCCCAAUGACGUCUCUGCCGUGAUUGACCCUACCAUUAGCCUCGCUGGUGAACUCAGCGGUAAGAAGUCAUACACAGAUAAAUUCUUGACCAUCCCUAUCGAUGGAAUAAGCGUUGCCGACAUUGUCGAUUUGGGCCCCGCCAUUGCAUUCAGUGGAAGCUUGAACAUUGGCCCCCUCAAGGGUACAGCGUCUGUUCAGCCCAGUGUUACUCUGGCCCUCAACAAUGAUGCAGACUUCGAGAUUGAUCUUUUGUCCCCAUCCAACUGCAAAGCGGAUAACUGGUCGCCGAACGUUACUGCUGAAGAACCUACACUUUCAGCCAUGAUCAGCGGUGGUGUUUCACUCGGUCUCUUGGCUGAUGUCGAAUUUGACAUUAGUGUCCUAGGUAGGUUGAACACAAUGAUCUCCUAA